GCCUUUUAUGAAUGGAAAAGUUAAAAUUUUCGUAAAUUUUAUAAAAUUAUAUGCUACCUAGUUGCUUUGACUUAUAGUAGUUCCAAUAAGAAUCGCUUUGCUAGAAGCGUUUUAAAUGGAGGAGAACAGCUUGAUUUAUGGAUUAGAGCUACAGGCGCGCGCUCUUACGCCGCAAUACGGCGAGGGCAACGAUGUGUGCUUUUUUAUAGCCACAAACUCUUUGAAGCCUACCAAUCAGUUGCACCUGCUGCAAUAUGACGAGGAGCAGGGCACCAUACAGUCAAAAAUUUUUGAACAUGCACUAGGCGAGGUUUGGAAGCUCAACAGUUGUCCUUACGAUGCGCGUUUGCUGGUAACCGUGUAUAAUGUUCAAAAGGGGGCGCAGGUGCUGUCCCAGGCGGCACUCUUAACGUUACCGGCUGAGGGGUCAAAGGAUGCCGCUGAUGAACCAAUUAAAAGUGAAUAUAUACCUUGGGCAAAAAUUGAGGUGUUGGAUACGGCCGAAUUGGGCGAACGCGUAAAGACUGUUGAAUUUCAUCCCAGUCAAGAGCAGACUCUAGCCUGCGUCGUUGGCAAUAAAUUGGCUGUCAUGCAACGCGCGGAGGCAUCCACUCGCGUGGUGGCCGAAGUCAGUAGCAGCACCAGCGGAGCAAAGCACAUGUCACCAUUUACCAGUGGCAAAUGGUCGCAUCAUCAUCAGGGACAUCAAUUUUUGGCCUUGCACGAUACUAGCGUCCGGGCAUACGAUGUACGCGACACUCAACACUGCGCUUGGAGCAUAGAGGAUGCACAUGGGCAGUUUGUUCGCGACUUGGACUGCAAUCCAAAUAAACAGUGUCAUCUGGUGACCGGUGGCGACGAUGGGUGCCUUAAAGUGUGGGACUGUCGCAUGGUGAAGGCUCCAGUUUUUGAGCGCAGCGAUCAUUCGCAUUGGGUCUGGUCUGUGCGGUUUAACACUUUUCAUGAUCAAUUAAUACUAUCCAGUUCAAGUGAUUGUAAGGUGCUUCUGACCUGUGCCGGCUCGGUUAGCUCAGAAGCUCCGGGUACUGAAUCUGGCGAGGGGACUACAGCCGGCUCACAGGAACGGCACAAAGUCCUGUCCGAUGGCUUACUGCAGACCUUCGAUCAGCAUGAAGACUCUGUGUACUGUGCAGAAUGGAGUAACGUUGAUCCUUGGAUUUUUGCAUCGUUGAGCUAUGAUGGACGCGUUAUAAUCUCAAAAGUUCCGAAACAAUAUAAGUACCAAAUAAUUUUCUAACCUAUUCCUUAGACAGAAUAUUCCACUAGUUUUUAUAAAUAUUGUAUACAUAAAUACAUUACUAGGCUUUAUGUUAAAUAAAUCUAAUUAUGAACUAAUGA